GGCACAGGCGAACAGGACAACCAUCCCGGCGAGCCUCCCUUCUCCGGCAAACCUUGCAUCGCGGGCAGUUCCAGAACUCGGACUCUCAAAAAUUCAUUCCUAAUUCGAGGUUCUGCCUCCCACCUCCACUUGGUGGCUGAAGUUAUGGGUUCGGAGAUUGAAACAGUUGAGCAAAGGUUGAAAUCGUUUCUCAGUCAGCUUCAAUCUGAGUUUGGCAUUCUCGAUCGAAUUGUGUACAAAAACAAGAAUCAACACAGAAGAUGCUCUUAUUUUCAGUACCUGAUGAAGGUGAGAAGAGACUUAAGACUUCUCAAAUCAGCAAAUCCGGAGGAGAUUUUCAGUGCCUCAUUUGAUGUCAUCCAUGGAAAGAGGCCUAAGCAAAAGGUGCAGCUUCUGGAAAGCCUGAAGAAGAGAAGAACAGACAGUAACAAGCACAACUUUUUGGAUCGGCUCCUGGGAGUUGCUCACCUGUUGUCACAGAUGGCUGAGCCGAUGUUGAAGGCAGCAACGCAGGUAUCAACUCUUCUUGCUCGAUCAUUUUUCAUGGGGUUUUCAUUGACGGUGUUGGCCUUGUUGGCGCGAAUCAGAGUUUUGGUUCAGCAAAUGCUUCUAGAUGUUGUUUGUGUAUUCAACUGCAUAUCCUCUCUUUCUCAAAAGGAACAAGCUGUUAGGUUAACUCAAGAACGAUUUGAGGUUUUUAGAGAAUAUUACCCCGCAAAGCAACAACCUGCUACUUUCCUAGAAUGCAUUUGGGAGACAGAUAAGUAUAGAUUAACUGAGAGGAAAGGUGCAAGUGAGGUUGAAAACCAGGAAAAGAAAACCAAAGAAGAUGCUGCUUGUAUUGAAACAUCAAAGAUUCAGUACCAAAGUGUAGAGAUUUUCCUAGGAGAAGACGAAUGUGAUAACACUGUCCCUGAUGAAGUUAAUGUAGAAAGAUCAUCUUCCUUGAAUAAAAAGGAUAAGAGUUCUUCCCCGUUGAGUCCUAUCCCUGAGAGUAAUGAUGAUGAGACGCAAGUUCCACCAGGUUCAGAUAUUGCGGUUUCUCCUGACAAGAGUAUUGUUUGUACUGGAAGCGGGAUAAUUAAGGGUGAUGCUGAAGUGAAAAUCAAGCCUAAAGCAAAGCGUAAUGUUGCAUUUGUAAUGUUGCAUUUGUGUCGGUAAAAGUAUCUGCUCCUCCUUCACUGUCAUCUGUGAAUGAACCAGGACAUUGCCUUAAAGGAAAGGAAAAGGGUGGUUCUUCAACUACAAAAGAAGACCCAUUUUUCAGUUUACUUACAACAGGAGGAAACAGGAAUACUACUUUGUUUUAAUUAUUUUUACCGAGAAUCAAUUUUAAACUCCCGUCAACCCAUGUUUACUA